AUGUCGGCCGACACCGUCAUCGCCCCGGCCCUGGUCGAUGCCGAGACUGGCGUCGGGGCGUCUGAUUGUUCUGCUCCGGCCGUUGCCUCCCUGCCCGAGGACCAGAUUGAAUGUGCUCAACGGCCGGCGCCCCCCCCGUUCCUGCACUCGCCGCCCGACAGCUACAAUGCGCCCAAGUCCGAGGCCAGCGACUCGGAGCUGAGCGACCUCGAGGACGAAUCCAUACUCGACCAUCCUCCCGUACGCUCCGUCGAGCCGCCGGUUGACAAGCCAGGGUCCGAACGGCAGCCGUCCGAACGGCGGCGGGAGCAGCAGGAGGAGGAGGCGGAAGUGGACAUUGGCGAGGUUCUACCGGACCACUGGUCGGGAGCCGUGCCCGUCUUUCGCCCGACCAUGUUUCAGUUCAAAGACUUUCAACGCUUCAUGAAAAAGGUCGACGGCUACGGCAUGAAGUCGGGCAUCAUCAAGAUCAUCCCCCCGAGGGAGUGGAAGGAUGCCCAGCCGCCGCUCGACGAGCUCGUCAAGCACGUCCGAGUGCGCGAACCGAUCAAGCAGGACAUCAUGGGAUCGAACGGCACCUAUCGACAGGUCAACAUCCUCCACGGACGAUCCUACAAUCUGCCGCAGUGGCGACAGCUCUGCGAGCAGAGCGAGCACCAGCCGCCCGCGAGACGUGGCGAACGAAGAAUAAACGCCGACAAGGCCAGGCCUGCGCGCCGUCCGCCGGCCCCCAAGUCUUCCGCGAAGCCCUCGACUCCCAAGAAGCGCGGCAGGGGUAGGCCCUCCAAGGGCAGGGGAAAGCACGCUCGGGCCGACGACGAGGACAGACCAAUGACGCCCGUCUCGCCCAAACCCGACGCCAACCCCCACGACGCGCCAAACCGGCCUGUCGACUCGAUCGAAAAGGAUCCGGAUCACCCCAUGGCCGAUGACGGCGGCCACGACAACGACGACGACGACGACGACGACGACGGCCCCCGACCCUCGGUCGGCCGCAUGGGCAUCUCGAGGCCGGCCAAGGCAAAGAUGCAGUCCGUCUCGGCCCGCCGGAAAUGCGCCCGCCGGGAAGGCUCCGCCAAGAUCGACGAGGCGGCCUUUAAAGAUUUCGACUACCGAAUGGACGUUUCCGACUACACGCCGGAGCGCUGCGAGGAGCUCGAGAGGGCAUACUGGCGAACCCUGACGUACGCGUCCCCGCUGUACGGCGCCGACAUGAUGGGCACCCUGUUCGACGACCGGACCGAGAGCUGGGGGCUCAACAGGCUCCCCAAUCUCCUCGACGUGCUCGGCACCAAGAUCCCCGGCGUCAACACGGCCUACCUGUACCUGGGCAUGUGGAAGGCCACCUUUGCCUGGCAUCUGGAGGAUGUUGACCUCUACAGCAUCAACUAUCUUCACUUUGGCGCCCCGAAGCAGUGGUACAGCAUAUCGCAGGCCGACGCCCGCCGCUUCGAGGCCGCCAUGAAGAACAUAUGGCCCGCCGACGCCAAGGCCUGCAGCCAGUUCCUCCGACACAAGGGGUUCCUCAUCUCUCCCCAGCAUCUGCUGACCCACUACAACAUCAAGGUCAACAAGGUUCUGUCCUACCCCGGCGAGUUCGUUGUCACCUACCCCUACGGCUAUCAUUCGGGCUACAACCUGGGGUACAACUGUGCCGAGGCCGUCAACUUUGCCCUCGAUUCCUGGCUCGAGAUGGGCAAGAUUGCCAAGAAGUGCGAGUGCGCGCAGGCCCAGGACAGCGUGUGGAUCAACGUGUACGAAAUCGAGCGCAAGCUGCGCGGCGAGGAGACGGAAUACGAAGAAACCGACGACGACGACGACGACGACGACGACGACGAAGAUCCAUCCGGCUUGCCGACACCACCCGCCAGUCUGGGCGUCAAGUUCAAGGGCGCGGGCCGCAAGCGGAAGCGUGGGCCGGUCAAGGGAGCCAAGGUGAAGAAGAUCAAACUUCGGCUGCGGGCCAAGGCCGAGCCUCCCUGCUGCCUCUGCCCGCACGGCGUGGAGGAGCUGGAGAUGCUUCCGACGGAUCACGGGCGCCAGGCCCAUCGCCUCUGCGCCCUUUACAUACCCGAGACGUACAUCGACACCGUCGACGGCAAGGAAGUCGUCUGCAACGUCGCGGGGAUCCAAAAAGGCCGCACCGAUCUCAAGUGUCUCUUCUGCCGUUCGAAGCGCGGUGCGUGCUUCCAAUGCUCGCACAGCAAGUGCACGAGAGCGUACCACGCGACCUGUGCCGCCGCCAUCGGCUGCUUCGUCGAAGAACAGCAGGUGCCUAUAUUUGGCGACGACGGCACCGAGUACAAGGAGCAGGCCUUUGCCUUUAGCUGCCGAUUCCAUCGCACAAAGAGGGACAAGAGGCGCGAUGGCGACGCUUUGGAGGCGGACGAGGCCAUUCGCGCCGCCGCUCGAGCGCUUCGGAAGGGCGACAUUCGCCAGUUCCAGUUCUACAAGGGCGAAAUCUUUGCCGGUGUUGUCGUCGAGAAUCGCCCAGACGAGGAGACCGUGUUGAUCCGUGCCAUGCCGAACGGCGGCCGCGUCGAGGUUGAAUGGAAGUGGCUGCUGCUGCCGGACCCGGCCGACUUCCGCCUGCCAAAGGCAUCCGCAAAAGCCGUUCCGUUGCCGGCAUCGAAAAAGGCAAAGGACAAGCUGAACGCGAAACGACUGCACGAAGACAAGCCGAGGAAAGAUGACGUCUUCGUCGACGGCUGUGCCUGGGCCGAGUUUCACGUUGCCGAGGUCGCGAACAAGGACCAGUCCAAGGUUGACCUGUCAAAGCCGGACCAGAUCUGGCACUACCUUGGCCGGACGUCGACGGAUGCGAGGGCACAGUACACCGAUGAUCCGGCCAACGCGUGCCACAACGUCAAGAGCAACUUCUUGGACACGCUGCCGAAAGCGCCGAAACCAAAGCCAGCGGUCAAGGCUGCGGCCUUCCACAGACGGCGGCCCAGUGUAGCCGGCGGCUACUCCUACACCUUCAGUCCCCUGAGCACGCAGCCGGGUGACGGCUCUGCACGGCCGCCGAAGCCAUACCUGUACAAGCCCAGGACGUCGAUGCAUCCGCAGCCGAUUGUUCCGUUGGCAUACCAGGCUCAGGGCGUCGGCUCGGCAGCACCGACGACGUCCUCGGCACCGUUGGCACCUCCGUCAUAUAUGGCGGCUUCUCAACAGAACCUCCACCAUCGCCAUCACACUACGGCUCCGGCUCACGAGAGCAGGGACAUGUACUCGGUUCAGAAGCCAGGAUCCAACAACGCUCAGGGGUAUUCGCUCGCCGCGCUGCAGAACUCUCACCAUGCCGCUGCGCCGAUCGCGCAAGGUCGUACGGCGCAACCGACUUCCACUUGGCAGCCGGCACCCUCUGCGUACCAACAGCCGGCGGCACCGCAGCAGAGGCCCGCCUGGCAUGUCUACUCUUCCGUCCAUCAAAAGUACCCCUUCUUCCAGGUAAACCAUAACAGGGAUCCGUCAAAGUACCGCACCCCUUAUUCGCCUUGGGGUGGCUUCGUCAACGGCUACGAAAGGAACCCGCGCGCGCCCAUGGUGUCAACGCAGACGGACGGGCUUCGAAAAUGCAGCACGGGUCACGCUGCACCGUUGGCCCAGCCGCACGCAGUUUCGGGUCCUCGAUACCCUCCCCCCCAUCGAGAGCUCGAGGCAGCAUCCCAACCGUUGGCGUCGCAAGGCCUGAUGCGGCCUGGGUUCGGGCAGCAAUCGUUUGUCAUGUCCGAAAUGGCGGGACAGCAGCCGCGGCCGUCUGCCUCGACACGGACUGGCAGCACAUGGGCCACCACAGCCGCAGGCGCCAAAGGCCAGGCCCAGGCCCAAGCCCGCGCAGACGCCGGCGCCGAAGCCGUACAAGGUUCCAGCGAAGCAAUCACCAGUCCCCCUGCCUCCCGGCUUCUUGGCCGCGAUGGGCUCGGCAUCGGCAACAAGUCCGCUCGCGACAACAACAGCAGCGCCAGCGACAACGACUCCAGCAACGGCGACCCCGGCGAUGGCGGCCCCGGCGAUGGCGACCCCGGAGAUGACGAUCCCGGCGAUGGCGACUCCGGCGAUGGCGGCCCCGGCAAUGGCGAUCCCGGCGAUGGCGAUCCCGGCGAUGGCGAUCCCGGCGAUGGCGAACCCGGCGAACGCAGAGUUGGAAAAGGCAACCCCGCAGGUUCAGGUGCACGCGCAGGAACUGGAUCUGAGCCUGGCACCGGCCGAGGUGCGGGCGCAGGGACCGACGCAAACACAGGGCCAGGGACCGACACAAGCACAGGCCCAGGCCCAGGCACAGUUGCCCUCUCACCCCGGUGCCUCGCUCAGCCCUCGCAUGGCGGCCUCGGUUCCAGUAGUAAAGUCGACAACGCCAGUCCCGGUUCCCAUAUUUCCAGGCAUGGCGGUGCAGGCGAGUGCGACAAGCGUGAUUCCGAAGAGGGAGGACCAACCCCUCGUGGGACCAGGGCCGACGGCAGCUGCCGCACAGCCAAAACCGAUGGCAACGGAUGCUGCUGCGCAACCACAGGAGUUUGCCGGCGUUCCAGGAUGCGAAUCCAUGAACUUUGUGGAGAGGAUGAUGGGGAACCUGAAGAGGGCAUCUCAACGUGA